AUGGCUUCAACUGCUACUAAUUUAGAUAAUUUAACCACAACAUGUCUUCUUCGCUCAAGGUCUAAUUCAGUAGGCGGAAUUUUUGAAACCAAUCAUCUCGAAGAUAAUGAUACUUCACAGAAACCUAAGACCAACAGACGGAAACGCAAGAUACAUCUUUCCAAAUUUGACGAAUUACCUGAAUGGCAAAAGGAUAACGAUAAGAUUUUAACAGGAUAUGUUCGAGAAACCAAUUCAUUUAUUCAUUGUUUCCAAUCAUUAUUCUAUCUAAACAAUGAAACAAUCAAUAUUUAUACUCAUUUAAUCCCAUCAAUUAUCUAUUUGAUAGUUUCCCUUACAUUCAUCUUCAUUAAUUUCAUUGCAAUCCCUAAAUUCCCCACAACUUCCGUGAUAGAUUAUAUUGUUAUCAAUAUCUUCAUUUUGGGUGCAUUUACAUGUCUUUUAUUAAGUAGUUGUUUCCAUUGUUUAAAACAACAUUCUUUUAAACAAUGUACUCUUUGGAGUAAAUUAGAUUACAUCGGUAUAAUCAUUUUAAUUUCAUGUUCCAUCAUCCCCAUCUUAUAUUUUGGAUAUUUUGAUCGUUUAAGUUAUUUCAAAUUUUUCACAAUAUUAACAUUUUCAUUUGCUAUCGUCUGUUCCAUCAUUGUCUUGAAUGAAAAAUUUGAUUUACCAAGUUAUAGACCAUUAAGAGCUGGACUUUUCAUGUUAUUUAGUUUUACAGGAUUAAUCCCCAUGAUAACUGGAUUUUAUAUAUUUGGAUACAAGGGUGUCAUGGAGAGAAUAUCAUUAAAUUUCGUUUUAUUAGAGGCAAUCUUUUAUAUUAUUGGAACUCUAUUGUAUGGAUUUAGAAUCCCGGAAACUUUUAAACCAGGAAAUUUCGAUAUGUUUGGUAGUUCUCAUCAAAUUUUCCAUAUUUUUGUUGUAUUAGGUUCCAUUUGUCAUUUUGGUGCUGUCAUCAAAUCAUAUUGUUUAAUGCAUCAUUUGAUAAAUUAA